AUGGCUAAACUAAGUGGAAAGAACAGCAACAGUCCAGUGGUGGGUGUCAACAACAAGGCAGCUGUGAGGCCUCCAGGCCAAGUUUACCUUCCAGAGGCGGAUGGUGUUAUCUUACCAGAGGAAACAGCCAUGGCGGAAGUCUGCAAGCCUGCAAAGAUGACAUGUCUUGAAGGCCCCCACUUAAACCGAGGUCUGAGCAAGUGCUGUGGCUCCUUAGCUCCUGAGGAGGAGCCAGUAUCUGCCUCCCAAAUGGAAGACGAGGAGGAGGAGGAGGAGAUGGAUUUGGAUCCAGAUCUAACCCCAGACCCGGAGGAGGAGGAAGAGGAGGAUGAGGAAGAGGGUGAUCUCGGGGAUCCAGCUGUCCUCAAUGCUUUCCACAACACCCAGAGAGGUCUUCUCAACUCCCCUGGAAUCAAGGCCUCUGGUGUGUUGGGGAUGUCACCUGCUUCCUUGCACUUUCUGUGGCAGACCUCCAAAUUCCUCUCUCAGACGCUGGACUACCUCUCUCCUGUUCCUUUCCGGACUACCUUUUCCAGUGCCAGCUCUCCAGCACGACACUUUGGACCUCGACUUCUCCUACCAGACCCAACUCUCUUCUGCAGCCCACCAACCUCAUGGCCCCCUAGUUUCAGUCUUCCUAGUCAUCUGACCCAGCUCCACCCUCAGCACCAACGGAUCUUGCAGCUGCAGCAACAUAGUCGAACACCAAGUCCCCCAGCCAAGAAGCCUUGGUCUCAGCAGCCAGACCCUUAUGUUAACCUCAUGACCCGAAAAGAGAAAGACUGGGUGAUAAAAGUACAGAUGGUUCAGCUGCAGAGUGAGAACCCCUGCCUGGAUGACUAUUACUACCAGGAAUAUUAUCAGAAACUAGAGAAGAAGCAGACAGAGGAAGAACUACUUGGGAGAAGGACCAAGGUUGAAUCCCUCAAGCUGGUAACACCUUACAUUCAGAAGGCGGAGGCUUAUGAGUCAGUGGUUCGAAUCGAGGGUUCCCUGGGCCAGGUAGCUGUAUCAACAUGUUUUAGCCCUCGUCGAGCUAUUGAUGCUGUACCCCAUGGAUCUCAAGAGCAGGAGAUGGGAGCUGCAAGCAGUCAGAGGCUUCAGGUGUUGUCCCGGAUUGAGAAGAUGUUCAUUCAGUUACUAGAGCUAGAACAGGGCCAGAAGGAUGGGCCUCAACAGCCCUGCUACUCUGAACAGCAGAGCAACCAGGUUGAGAAGCUCUUCCAGGCCUUAAAGACCCAGGAGCAGAAUAAUCUGGAGGAGGCAGCAGAUGGCUUCCUGCAGGUGCUCUCCGUGAGGAAGGGGAAAGUUCUGGUGGCAAGGCUGCUCCCUUUCCUGCCCCAGGAUCAAGCUGUUAGCAUUCUUCUAGCUAUCACCCACCAUUUGCCCCUCCUAGUCAGAAGGGAUGUUGCCGAUCAGGCCCUACAAAUGUUAUUCAAACCUCUGGGCAAAUGUAUCAGUUACUUGACCUUCCAUGAACUCCUCCAAGGACUUCAGGGGCUAAUGCUGUUUCCGCCUGGCUCCUCAGAGCGACCAGUCACUGUGAUCCUUCAGAACCAGUUUGGAAUUUCUUUGCUCUAUGCCCUGCUGAGUCAUGGGGAGCAGCUGGUAUCCCUGGAGUCUUCUCUUAAGGAGUCCAAUAGUGAUAAUUCAGCUUGGACAGACAUGGUGGUUCUGAUUGCCUGGGAGAUCGCCCAUAUGCCGACAGCCUCUCUGGCAGAACCCUUAGCCUUCCCCAGCAACCUUCUUCCUCUGUUUUGUCACCAUGUGGACAAACAAUUGGUACAGCAGCUAGGGGAGAGGAUGGAGCUUGCUUGGAUCUUUUGA